AAGCAUAAAAUUAUCGGCACUGUUGUGUAUUUCGACAACGGUUGUAAAGUAGGGUGUUAAUAAAAACUUGCAAGAAAAUUGGUCCAAAAUUACUGAAUUAAGCAGUUAUUAAAAAAUUUGCUCGUUUGAGUUAAAAAGGUAAAUAUGUCUAUACCAUUAAGCUGUUUUACUCAGAUUCGUAGCUACAUUUUACGAAGAGCACCCAGGACUUGGACAAAUGGUGUUAAAUAUGAACAAGUAACAUAUUAUCCGCGACACAAAGAUCAUAAAGAUCCUCCAAUCAAACCAACAAAACUUUUAAUGGUUCAGCGUGUCGAAAAAUUUAAAGGCAAUCCAUAUUGGGAUAAAAAUAUUCUUAUUCAGCUUAAAUUAGAUAAAGUGGCCAGUGAUAUUGCGAUAGUCAAAAAUACACCAGAAAUGUGUACGUUGCUUUGGAAAAUAAAGCAUCUGAUAAAAGUUACACCAAUCAAUAUGCCAGACAAAUUACCCAACGAUGAGUCAGUCCAGACUUGGCUCCAUGAAAAUGGAGAUUUGCUAAUGGCUCCAAGAGUCGAUCCAGAUCGUGAAAAAGCUACUAUAGAGUUCAUAAAUAAUCCAAAACGAUUAGAUAGAAAAACUUUGAAGGAAGAAUUAAGAUAUAGAUGGCUUAAUCCUUAUGAUUUGUAGAUAUAAUUAUUUUUAAAUGAAUAAAAGUCAAAUUAUCAAAAUGA